AUGAAGUUCUCCGCCGCCGUCCUCAGCAGCGCUCUGCUUGCCAGCACUGCCCUCGCUGCUCCUCUGACUGCUAAGCGUGCCGCUCGCCGUGCCGCUCGCCUUGAGGGCCGCUCCGUCCAGCGCCAGAGCAACCCUCCCUUCAAGCCCGGUACCACUGAGGCCAUCUCCCUCAAGAGCGGAACCUCUGAGGUCGAGUACAGCUCCAACUGGGCUGGUGCCGUCCUGAUCGGUACUGGAUACACCGCUGUCACUGCCAAGUUCACUGUCCCCACUCCCUCCACUCCCAGCGGUGGCAAGUCCAGCGAGGAGUACUGUGCCUCCGCUUGGGUCGGUAUCGAUGGUGACACCUGCGACACUGCCAUUCUCCAGACUGGUGUCGACUUCUGUGUCGAGGGUAGCAAGGUUUCAUACGAUGCUUGGUACGAGUGGUACCCCGACUACGCCUACGACUUCAGCGGCAUCACCAUCUCUGCUGGUGAUGUUAUCUCCGUGACCGUUGACGCCAGCUCCAAGACUGCUGGAACUGCCACCAUUGAGAACGAGACCACUGGCACCACCGUUACCCACACCUUCAGUGGUGGUGUUGACGGUGAUCUCUGCGAGUACAACGCCGAGUGGAUCGUUGAGGACUUCGAGGAGGGUGACUCCCUCGUUGCCUUUGCUGACUUCGGCACCGUCGUCUUCUCUGAUGCCGUCGCCACCUCUGGCAGCUCCUCCGUCGGACCUUCCGGCGCCACCAUCAUGGAUAUUGAGAGCGACAGCGGUUCCAUCCUGACCUCCGUCUCCACCACCUCCAGCAGCGUUACUGUCAAGUACGUCUAA